UCAUACUCAUAUUCUCUCUUCUCUGUGUCUCAUAUUUUAUACCUAACCUACCUUUGGGUUUGGCUCAAAAGAAGCAAAACUUGCAAGUCCCUAAAACUCAGAGAAUUAAUGGCUUCUUCUUCUUCAGCACAUAUCACAAUAGUGCUUAUCUUUCUUUUGUGCAUUCCAUCAUUUUCAUUAUCUCUUGUUCAUGAAAUCACUUAUUAUAACAAGAUAGACCAACCAGCAUCAAUGGUUGCUCUGCCACCAGACACCGCUCAAAUCAAGUGUGGAUCAUGUCCUUGUGGGGACACAUGUGAUCAGCAACUUUCUCCGCCGCCGCCGCCUCCUCCACUUCCACAACCUUGUCCUCCCCCGCCGCCACCGCCAUCACCACCACCACCUCCUCCUAAGUCUCCAUCCUGCCCACAAAACUGCAACCCUUCGUCGCCGCCGCCGCCAAGGUUCAUAUAUGUGCCUGUGCCAGGGCAGGUAAACCAGCCAAAACCAACAACAUGGAUAUACUACUACUCUGGUGCUAGGAACAGAGGAGUGGGGUGGUUGGUUAUGGUAGGUUUGGGAGCACUAUCAUUAACAACUGUGUUUGGUUGACAUCAUGAUUCAUGAAGCUAUGCCUAAAAUAAAAUUAGCCGCAACUGCAAGCAAUGCUGUUAUCACCAUGUAAGCAGGGCACUGAUGAGUGAUGACACCAACACCUCUUUAUGGUGUUGUGACUAUCUUCAUUAUUCCACCACAGAUUAACAUUACCUAUGGCGCACCAACGCCAAGUGCGAAGAACUUUGCACCUCCACUAAUCCCAUUCUUCCAUAUCUUUUAUGGUACUUCAGCUUCUCUUCUCUUUUUCAUUUUCUGCUCCUUCAUCUUCUGCUGCUGUUCAAGGAUCCAUCAUCAU